AUGGGUGUAUCCAAAUUCCUCCAAAAUUUAUCUAAACCCCUUCUUAAAUCCUCCCAGCAUUUCCUUGUCAAAAUAACCCCUAAUGCUCUUCAUUCCUCAGCCAUAACCACAUUAAACCCCACCGAAAACCACAUAUUAUUAACUCAUUACCUAAACCCAUCUGGGUUUUCCUCAUAUCCUCAUUUUCAGAGAGCAUUUCAUGGUCAGAAUUCAAUAAAGACUAAUAAUUACAAGAACCCAGUUGCCGAAACCACCCAAGAAGCAGAAAGAAUCGCUAAAUUAGUAUCCAGUGUUAAAAAUCCAAAAAAUCUGGAUUCUUCUUUGAACUCUGCUAAUUUUAGUGGUAUAUCUCCAAUUGUGGUUUUGGAAGUGUUAAAGAAGCUGAACAAUGCGGGAAUGACUGCGCUGGCGUUUUUCAGGUGGGCGGAGAAGCAAGAAGGCUUCCAGUAUAUUGAUGAGUGCUACAAUUCUCUCAUUGAAGCGUUGGGAAAAAUUAAGCAAUUCAAAAUGGUGUGGGUUUUGGUGGAUGAAAUGAAACGAAAGGGAUUGUUGUCGAAGAACACGUUUGCCCUCGUUUCGAGGAGGUACGCAAGGGCAAGGAAGGUGAAAGAGGCUAUGGAGGCAUUUGAGACGAUGGAGAAGAAAUAUGGUUUUACGACCGAGUUGCAAGAUUACAAUAGGCUUCUUGAUACCUUGAGCAAGUCUAGGCAUGUGGACAGUGCCCAGAAGGUGUUUGAUAAAUUGAAAAACGGAAAAUUUAGGCCCGACAUUAAAUCGUACGCAAUAUUGUUGGAAGGUUGGGGUCAAGAGUGUAAUUUGCUUAGAAUGGACGAGGUUUAUCGUGAGAUGAGGGACGAUGGCUUUGAGCCUGAUGUUGUGACUUACGGGAUUUUAAUCAAUGCUUAUUGUAAGGUUAGAAGGUUCAACGAAGCGAUUGAAUUAUAUCAUGAAAUGGAAAAGAAGAAUAUCAAGGCGACCCCUCAUAUAUAUUGCACUUUGAUCAAUGGUUUGGGGCCGGAGAAGAGGUUAAACGAAACUGUGAAGUUCUUUGAGUCAUGUAAGGCUAGCGGUUUUGCUGUUGAGGCACCUACUUAUAAUGCUAUGGUGGGAGCUUAUUGUUGGUCGGAGCGAAUGCAUGAUGCUUAUCGGAUAGCUGAUGAGAUGAAAAAAUGUGGGGUUGGUCCGAAUGCACGAACUUAUGAUAUAAUUCUACGACACCUUAUAAAGGUUGACAGAACAAAAGAGGCUUAUGGCGUUUUUAACAAAAUGAGUGAUGAGCCAGGGUCUGAGCCAACUGUAAGUACAUAUGAGAUCAUGGUAAGGAUGUUCUGCAAUAAGGAGCGGACGGAUAUGGCAUUGAGAGUGUGGAAUCAGAUGACGGCCCGAGGUGUUCUUCCCGGAAUGCACAUGUUUUCGACCUUGAUCAACAGUCUCUGCAAUGAGAUUAAGUUGAACGAUGCAUGCCAAUAUCUUCAAGAGAUGCUUGACAUGGGUAUAAGGCCUCCAGAUACAAUGUUUAAGAAUCUGAAACGAGCUCUUGUUGAUGACGGGAAAGAAGAUAUCGCCAUGAUAUUGACACAUAAGGUUGAGAGACUAAGGAAAUCUCCAUUAGUCGGUUAG